AUGAUACAGUUUGAUAAUUAUCCACAUGAAUCACUUAUCAAUUAUGAACAUCCAAAAAUCCUUGAACAUAAAGGAAAUCCUUCAAUAUCAAGCUGUCCCUUUCGUAAUCCUUGCAUAUACAUUUUAGAAAUGCAACAUCAUUUAUUUAAAUACCUCUGGAAAAAUAAUUUUUCUACGCCCAUAACGGAACAACUUCAAGCUGGUAGCAUGAAAGUAUUGGAGGUUGGAUUAGCGUCUGAAAUAUGGACAUUCGACAUGGCAAAUAAUUAUCCAUUAUCCACCUUCAUAGGAUUAAAUAACUUCGCAGCUUGCGACGAUAAAAGUAAUAAUAAUAAUGAACCAUUGAAUGCAACCGUAUUACGAACGCAUGCUUCAUCGAUAAUUCCUUUCCCUGAUGAAACGUUCGAUUUUAUAUGUCAACGAUUCUUUCUCCCACAAUUAAUUACAAGUUUGAAUGAACAAUCCAAUUUGAUUAAAAACAUGAUUAGGGUAUUGAAACCGUGCGGAUGGGUUGAAUUUAUGAUAUUUGAUUUACGUUUGUAUAAUUCUGGUCCAUACACUUCUCGCUUGACUCAAGCUUAUGAUUCAUACACAAAUAAUGGGCGUGAAUGUAGUAGAAUUGAUGAGGAACAAUUAUACAAUAUGUUGAUUUCUACCCAACGAAUUCAAUCCAUUGUCAUAAAAGAUAAACACACUUUAUUGGGCGCCAACGGUGGAAGGAUAGGUGAAUUGUUAUGUGAUGUAUUGCUACAACCGUUAAAAUCCCAUAAAUCCGCGUUAAGCGAAUAUAUGGGAAUUUGCAUCAAAGAAUUUGACGAAAUGUAUAUCAUAAUGUUACAAGAAAUAAACGAUUACAAAACAUCUUGUAUUUCUCACAGGUAA